AUGGUUCCCCCAUCUCAGAAGAAAAGCCUUCUCUCUCUUUUAUCCAUCAACUUAAAGAAACUCACAAUCACACCUCCAAAUUCCAACUCCAACACUGACUUCGACUUCUCUGAUGUAUUUGGAAUUGGCCCAUCAUCAGCUUCAACCUCAAACCAUUCACACUCGCCUUCCACCUCAGCUUCUUCUUUGCGGGACCCACUUGUCAUCCACAACAGGUCCCACUCUUUUGUGGGUCCCUCCCCUCGCUACGCACCCUCUUCUUCUCCCCUUCCCUUCCACCAAAUCCAAGAAGACGAUGAUGAGGAUAUAGAGUUACAAGUAGUGGAAAAUCAAAAUUAUGACAAGAAAAGGGGUAACACCGAUGACGAUGAUGAUGAUAAGGGUCAAGUGGGCAGUAUUGAAAAUAAUAAUAAAAAUAGCAGUAAAAUUGGGCCUGCUGAUUUUGAGAUUUUGAGAUUGGUAGGAAAGGGAGCAUUUGGUAAGGUGUUCCAGGUGAGAAAGAAGACUAGUAGUAAUGGUGAAGAAGAAGAAAAGGAAGGUAGUGGAGAUGGGAUUUAUGCCAUGAAAGUAAUGAGGAAGGAUCCAAUUAUUAAAAAGAAUCAUGUUGAUUACAUGAAGGCCGAGAGGGAUAUCCUUACUAAAGUGAUGCAUCCCUUUAUUGUUCAACUUCGCUACUCUUUUCAGACCAAGUCUAAGCUGUAUUUAAUCUUGGAUUUUAUAAAUGGAGGUCACCUGUUCUUUCAUCUUUAUCGGCAAGGGAUGUUCAGUGAGGAUCAGGCAAAGGUCUAUACUGCUGAGAUAGUAUCUGCUGUUUCCCAUCUUCACACCUGUGGGAUUGCGCAUCGGGAUCUUAAACCUGAAAAUAUUCUCUUGGAUGCUGAUGGGCAUGUUAUCCUGACUGAUUUUGGACUGGCAAAGGAAUUUGAUGGAUCGAGUAGAUCCAAUUCAAUGUGUGGGACCACUGAAUACAUGGCUCCGGAAAUUUUACUGUCUAAAGGACACAACAAAGAUGCAGAUUGGUGGAGCAUUGGAAUACUUUUGUAUGAAAUGUUAACUGGGCAGCCACCAUUUACGCACUCAAAUAGAAAGAAGCUUCAGGAGAGAAUUAUCAAAGAGAAAGUCAAACUUCCACCAUAUCUUAGCAGUGAAGCUCACUCUUUGCUGAAAGGAAAAGAACCAUCAAGAAGGUUAGGCAGUGGUCCUGGUGGAGGGGAUGAGGUCAAAGGCCAUAAAUGGUUUCAGUCAAUCAACUGGAAAAAAUUAGAGGCGAGAGAACUGCAGCCAAAGUACAAACCAGAUGUGAGUGGCAAAGACUGUACAGCCAACUUCGACCAAUGUUGGACAACAAUGCCCCCUAAUGAUUCACCAGCUCCCACACCAACAGCUGGUGAACAUUUUCAAGGGACAAAAUUGGGUUUGUUGCUAUGUUUGCAUACUGGUCCUUAUAAAAUCCAUAGAGUAGCCAUGAGUAGCAAACAUAGAAGCAACAACUCCCUCUGUGAGAAGUCAAUGAAGAUGGUGGUAAACAUCAUAAAACUGUCUUCCUUUUCUAUUGCUAAGAUGAGUCUGGGAACACCUAGUCCUCCAGUUGUCACCAAAAGCCUUGUCCCUGGGACAGGCUCAGUUAUGGUUGUUAAUGAACCAUUGCUGUCUCAAAUUCCAGGAAGUCAAAGGUCACAGGAGCCACAGGGAAGCUCAAAGCCAAUAUCAUUUGUGAUGCAGCCGGAUGAAGGGAAUGGUUCUUCGCAUGUGAUCCACAAGGAGAAUAGUGUUAUAGAUGGGAGGGCUUCUGAUUAUAUCAGAAAGGUACAUGAGAAAAACCGCAAUGAUGCUCGUGAGAUGUCAAAACUCUCUCCUUACAUACUACCUCCUCCACCACGAGCAGUGAAGUAG